AUGGUAUCAACACGUGGUCCAAGAUCUCGGUAUUUCGAAAAAGGUGAAAAAGUUCUUUGUUAUGAACCGGACGCUUCCAAAGCCAAAGUCUUGUAUGACUCAAAGAUUUUAGGAACAUACGAAAUCAAAGAUAAACGAGGUCGUAAACACAUUCAAUACAAAGUUCAUUUUCAAGGUUGGAGUAGUUCAUGGGACCGCAAAGUCAGUGCGGAUUAUGUUCUAAAGGACACCGAAGAAAAUCGACAACUUCAAAGAGACUUAGCAGAAAAGGCCCAACUACAGUUAGGAGCAUAUUUAUAUCGCAAAGAACACAAAAAUAAGAAGAGGUCACGCAAAACAACAUCCAUUAAUUCGGAAGAUUCCGCUGAUGCAAGUACAUCGCCCAACAAACUUCGUCCACGCGGUUUAUCAGAGGAUAAUUUUAGUUCUGGCAGUACAUUCGAGAAAAAUGAAGGCUAUUCGAUGAAAGAUGAUGAAACCGACUCAUGUUGCAGUUCCAUCGAAAGUUUUCACGAUGAGGACCGCGUUAUGUUACGUAUUAGUGAACGUUUGCGACAAUAUUUGGAAUAUGACCAUGACAUGAUUGUAAAAUAUGGAAAACACCAUGCAUUACCAUCCCGAAAUCCAGCUGUUUCGAUAUUGGAGAAAUUUGUCAAGCAAACAGCUUUGAAAAUGGUUUUCGCAAACAAUCAACCAGAGGGCCCAACACGACGACGUGCUGUACAACAACGGGCCACUGAUAAAAAGGAAAAGGAUGUUGAAAAAAUUAUAUCAACCGUUGCUUUACUAAAAGAAGUUGCCGAUGGCUUGCGUAUAUAUUUCGAUUUUACCAUUGCUGAUUAUUUGCUGUACAAGGAGGAAAGGGAGUAUGCAUUGUCAUAUUUGUCGAAAGAGAACUUAAAUUCAUUCACAUAUGUCCCGGCACCUGCCUUUUCCCUUGAAUGGUUCAACAUUAAAAAUGAUACAAACGAUGCAACAAAUGCUAGCUCCUCAAGUAAUCAGAACUCAACAAAUACAACAGACGCUUCCAGCAAUCCAAACCCAACAACAACACCACAAGAAGAACAACCACAACGUAGAAAAUUGAGAUCACAUCGCAGCGAAGAAUGCGAUUUUACAUUGGAGAAUUGUUUGGCCAGUAUUGCUAGCACGAAUGCGGGUGCAGCUACACCAUUAAAUACCAAUAUUCCGGCAUCUGGAUUAAAUCAUUUGAAAUCCCUGGCACCCAUUUCACCACAGAUACGUGAUUUUUUACAAAAUGUCUUAUCAUGGCGUAUAUUACCAUCAAAAGCCCCCUCGGCACCCUCCAUGAUAUUCGGAGCACCACAUUUAGCCAGACUUAUAGUUAAACUCCCAGAAUUUCUAAAUGCAUCCACAAUGAGUGAUGAAAAAUUGAAAAUAAUUCUACAACAUUUGGAUACAUUUGUGAAUUAUUUGGAAUCUCACAAGGAAUGGUUUAAUGAAGACAAUUAUGAACGAAAGUAUGUCAACAUCGCACAAGAACGUGAAACAGAAGAAAAGGCCAACAUUCAAGAGCCUCCCGAUUCCAACGUGACAGUGAAAGAUCAAGAGACGAUUUUGCCACCUGUCAAAUCGCCAAAUGUGGAAGUUAUGGCUUCGUAA